GCGGGAUGGGGGGGCCUGGGGCGCGCGUCGGCCCACGUGAUCUCCGGGCUGCCGCCGCCGCCAUGUUGGAGUAGGGCACCGGGACCCCUGUCCGUCGGCGGAUUCCCCCUCCCUUUCCCGUUUCCUAUCUUGUCCUCUCCCGAGCUGAAGCGGGUGGUAGCGGAAUUGUGGGUGUUGCGAUGUUGGUCGGACUAGAGGCAUUUUCGAUAGUGUCAGAAGAAGGCUUUGUCCUUAAGCUUGUGUUCCUUCCCGAUCGGGGAUGGGGGAUUUGUGUGUGGGUGUGUGUGUGUAUGUUUUUUCUUUUUUUUUGCCUGAAUCUAAAAUGGCCGCGGACGGGCCUACACCGGGCCCUCAUGGCGAAAGCCUGGGAUUAGCUUUCUCGCGGAGGGCCGAAGCGCGGGGAGGUAACCUGGGCCUGGUCGCCUUCUCCCCUGCCUCCAGUCAGGUCCGCUAGCGGCCCUCGGCCCAGCGCCGGGUGGAGUCAGGAGUGAGGCUUCUUCCAGGUCCUGUGACCCGGGCCCUUAGUCUUUAAGCCGCCCCUUGCCAUUUCCCCGGAAACCUAUUUUGAGUUUUGGCUCUCAUGGAAUUUCCAGACUCCAAAUUCCUCAUUCCGUAUCCUCAGAGAUGAGAUUAGGGUAUGACUGAUUGGUAACAGGACACUUAAACAUUUUCUAGUCAUUGUAUGGUAUAGUUCACUCAAAGCCGUGCCUUUUUUUUUCUUUUUUCUUUCUUUAAACCAAAGCGCUUUAAUUUCUAUAUAAACCUUUCUUCUAUCCAGCAAGAUAUUCCGUAUGUCUAUAAAAAAGGUGAAAAGUAAUUAAACAAAAAACAAGUUAUUCGUCUGUAGCAUGUUCUUUUCAGUUUUUGAUUUUUGCUACUACGAAACAACUAUUAAUUGCUACUAAUUUCCCCCAGAAGUUCAUUUAUUUAUUUUUACCAUGUAAAAAAAAAUUUGAGUUCCAAAUUCUGCCCCUCCCAUCAUUGACUCUUUUCACCCAUUGAAAAAGUAAGCAUAUGAUGCCUAUUAACAUAUAAUUUUGUAAUAAAGGCAUUUGAGAGUCUCUUAGAUCCUACAUAAGAUUGGCUCAGUCAAUUAAGUGUUUUUACCUAAAUAUUUUAAAAAUCUUGAAAACCCGGGUUUAAAUCCCAUUAUCUCUUUGUGACCCUGGGCUAAUUACUUAAUUUCCCUGUGAAUUUUGGCUGCGUCUUUAUCCCUUAUCUUUGUGAAAAGAGAUAUAAUUUUCACUGGUUAGUUAGCUGCCAGGAAAUGGGGGAAGGGUAGAACUCAAGAUUUUUUUUUUUUUUUUUUUUUUAAAGAGGAUGGAUUGUAGUAGUAGCCUUGCAACUCAUGUGCAUAUUUCCAUUUUGUCUUUUCCUGUUCAAAUAAAGACAUGCUUCCAACAAUAACUCUAUAUAAACCAAAAGAAAAAGAAACAAUCCUUGUCAUCAAGGACAUGGGAGAAAUAUACGAACAUAGAUAAGUACACAAAGUAACUUCUUAUCCCUUUGUGUUUACAUUCCUGGUGAUGAUGGAAAUUACUGGACGGGGAAAAUGGACCUUAGAAAGGAAGUGAAGGAAUUCUUUCAGGGAAUAAGUGGUGAAGCCUUUAUUGAAAUUCAUCAUAACUGCUUUUCUUGAGAAGUUUCUACUGGAGUUGGCAUUUGAAUUGUGUUUGAAAGGCCACUAGGGAUUCUGCAAGAGUGGAAAUUACAAGGAGUACAUUGCAGAUGUGUGCAGAAGCACAGAAAUAGAAAUUGGAACUUCAUGUGUUGAGGAACAAUUAGCAGCAACGCACCUCUUGCUUUUUCCUCCAAAGUAUGUUAUGUUAAGUUUCGUGACCCAUCGAGUGUUGGUGUGGCCCAGCAUCUAACUAACACGGUUUUUAUUGACAGAGCUCUGAUAGUUGUACCCUGUGCAGAAGUGAUGCAGCCAACACGAACGGUUGUCAUGUGUAACACAACUUUCGAUCACCGCGAAAACACCGUCCUGGGAAAGCGUCCAUGCUUGAUAUCGUUUGGUUCAUGAACAUUAAGUUUCCAGUACAGGUAAAAUUCCAGAAGAAUCCAAAGCCCUUUCUUUAUUGGCUCCUGCUCCAACUAUGACAAGUCUAAUGCCUGGUGCAGGGUUGCUUCCUAUACCAACUCCAAAUCCCUUGACUACACUUAGUGUCUCACUUAGCAGCUUGGGAGCUAUACCAGCAGCGGCACUAGAUCCUAACCUUGCAACUCUUGGAGAGAUACCACAGCCACCUCUUAUGGGAAAUGUGGAUCCUUCCAAAAUUGAUGAAAUUAGGAGGACUGUUUAUGUUGGAAACUUGAAUUCCCAGACAACUACAGCUGAUCAGCUACUUGAAUUUUUUAAACAAGUUGGAGAAGUAAAGUUUGUUCGUAUGGCAGGUGAUGAAACUCAGCCAACUCGAUUUGCUUUUGUGGAAUUUGCAGAUCAGAAUUCUGUACCAAGAGCUCUUGCUUUUAAUGGAGUAAUGUUUGGAGACAGGCCACUGAAAAUAAAUCACUCCAACAAUGCAAUAGUAAAACCCCCUGAGAUGACUCCUCAGGCUGCCGCUAAGGAACUAGAAGAAGUCAUGAAGAGAGUACGAGAAGCCCAAUCAUUUAUCUCGGCAGCUAUUGAACCAGAGUCUGGAAAGAGCAGUGAAAGAAAAGGCGGCAGAUCUCGUUCCCAUACUCGUUCAAAAUCCAGGUCUAGCUCAAAAUCACAUUCUAGAAGGAAAAGAUCACCCUCAAAACACAGGAGCAGGUCCCAUAACAGGUCACGUUCAAGACAGAAAGAUAGGCGUAGGUCCAAGAGUCCCUACAAAAAACGUUCCAAGUCUAAGGAGAGACGGAAGUCACGGACUCGUUCACGUUCACGGGACAAGAAAAAAGAAAAAGAAAAUCGAGAAAAGAUCAAGGAAAAAGAAAGACUGAGAGAAAAAGAAAGGGAUAGAGACAGAGAAAGGGAAAAGGAACGGAGUAAAAAUAAAGAAAGAGAUCGAGAAAAGGAGAGAGAGAGAGAUCGGGAAAAAGAUCAAGAAAAAGAGCAGGAAAAGGAGCGAGACAAAGAAAAGGAACAGGACAGAGAGAGAGAACGAGAAAAGGAGAGAGCCAGAGAGAUAGAUGAAAAAAGAAAGAAGGAUAAAAAAUCCAGAACACCUCCCAGAAGUUAUAAUGCAUCAAGAAGAUCUCGUAGUUCCAGCAGAGAAAGGCGUAGGAGGAAGAGCAGAAGUCCUUCUAAAUCACCAAAAACAUCAAAAAACCUUAAAAGGAAGUCUUCUCGAUCUCCAUCGCCCCGGAGCAGAAAUAAGAAGGAUAAAAAGAAGGAAAAAGAAAAAGACCAAAACAUAGAAAGAAAAGAGAGAGAACGUUCAACAUCUAAGAAAAAGAGCUUUAAAGACAAAGACGUGAAAGACAAAUUGGAAAAAAACACAAGUACAUUGAAGGACAAAGAGCACAAUAAGGAAAUACCAGAUAUAGGAGGUGAAAAAAUAGACGAUGACAAAGAAGCUCCAAAGACUGAUGAAAACAAAGUACAGCAGAAUGGGAAUUGCCAACCAAAUGAAGAAAACCUUACUGCCAAGGCAGAAACAGUAUAGGGCCAAUAAAUGUGUACCACUACACUCAGCUGUAGAGUGGAAUCCAAAGCUUUUAAUUCUCUCAUUAAGAAGCCAACAGUGAAGCAGUCCAGUCAAAUAUAGAUAUGUAUGAACAGCUCUUACAGUUGUCAGAUGACUUUAUGGUCAUCUUAUUACAGAGAAAGGAAACCAAGCAUGGACAUUAUGAAAAUAAAGGGAUGUUACCCAAACUGACUCAUCUAAAAUCCAUGCAUUUCCAUGAUGGCUGACCUACUUGUGAAAAGAUUUUGUUAGUGUUUGCCAAGAACCAUUACGAAGAUCUGUAUCUGUGAUGAUCAGAAAAAAUGGAAGAUAAUGCAUUGGAAGCUGUUCAAAUACUGCUAGUUAUUGAAUUUUGUAUUUUGCUUUUUUGUUUUAAUUUCAAUAUAUAUUGUUUGAUGAUGUGCUUGAAAAUGGUGCAAAAUAUAUAAAUAUACCCCGUAAAUGAAAUAAGACAUUACUUCACGGUUUUACAGUGAUCGUGUUAAAUGCCUACUAAUAGGUUUUCAUUUGCUCACAAUUUGGGAUACCAGUUCUUUAUCUAAAAUAUUUUUUCCAGAUUAAAAUUGCUUAAAUGUGUGGAUUUUUUUUUUAAAAGUAGUUUAGUGGUGCAUGCUAACUGUUCCAUUCCAAAAAAAAGGAGAAGCAACCAUGUUAAAUACUAAUAUGCUUAUUUUUUUCCUUCCCAAAGUGAGCAUAUCUUUUAACUUUUGUUAAUAUUUUUAAUUUUAUUUUUGUUUCUGGUCAGCUGCAAAUGGCAUAGGUGUUCUUAACAAAAGGAAACCUGGUUUUCAAAACAGGCUAUGGGAGCACAAGCUGAAGCUUUAGUGCCUUCUAGUGUUUUCUAGUAUUUUAUAUGUGCUAGUCAUUCUCAGUUCAUACUGAACCUAGAUAGCUAUUCCACCCACCCCCAUAGAGAAAUGAGCAAGUAGUAUGGAAGAACAGCUUCUUAGUUCACCUAAUACAAGAAAGAGGGUUAGGACUUUAGGACAGGUUUAUAGCAUGAAACAAAAAUAUAGUUUGGGGACCAUCAGUUUUAUACUCUUGUAGCUGAAAGUGAAGCAUGUUCUUAUUUUGCCUAAAUCAAAGGAAGCCCUUUAAUUCUCUACAUUGGAUGGCCUUAAUCAUUACCUCGCAAUCAUUUUCUCUAAUGCUGGUUAUGUGAUGUGCAAAAACUGUACCUGAAAGGGGUAAAGGUAUGUAUGGCUUUUUCUUUUUUCCCCCAAAGGGUUAAAUUUACUUGAGUUUAAACUACAAGUCAUUAGUCAUUCUUGGGGUCAGCUUUUUGUAAGAAAGCACUUAUGUAGGAGAAUGACAUUUAUGAAGAUUUUUUCCAAAAAGCUCAACUCAUGCUUUCAGAAUUCCUUACAUCAUUGUUAGAUUUUCCCAAGAAGUCAUAUCUUUUUAAUUAGCUCUUAAUACUAAAUCAAGUAUAAUUAUUUUAAUGCAACAUAAUACAAUCAAAUUUACUCAGUUGCCUUACCUCAUGGGAAGUUCUGUAAAUUUAGAAAGUUGAAUAGUGUGCUCCUUACCUGCUUUUCAUUUGAUUUUCCUUUAAUGGUUAAUUACAAUUGAAACUAAAGUUUUUGUGGAGAAUGGAAAGUUAUCCAUAUUUCAAGUAAUGAAUCCUGGUUUGAUUAUGAAGCUGCUUAAUCACUCUUCACAUGUUCAGAAUUAUAGUUUUUUGCCACUGUGUACAUUAAACUUUGUAAAAUGCUUUACUAUGUAAAGUAUAGAUGGUGAUUUUUAAUGCUUCAGCCACAUUCAGUUGGCUGGUAAAACAGCUUAUUCUCAUAAAAGAGUAAUUUGUGUGGAUGGAAAGACCAGAGGAUUGUGUGUUUUGCAACAACUGUCUUAUUUAUGAUAUGUAAGUAGUGUAGAACAAAAAUUGUUUGAAUCCUUGUUAUCCUUAAUACCAUUUCACUAAUAAAACCAAGUGUUUUAGAGGGAAGUUUUUGUUUAUGCAUUCAGAAGAACAUAUUAGUAUAAUCCUGCCCUAAUUCUACUUGGUUUAGUAGAAACACCUUUCAUUUGAAAAGUGCAUGCGUAUAGACUGUCUAUAAAACAGUCAUUUAAGGCUCUGUUUUUUGGUUGAACUCUGAUCUCAAUUAAAUGAACCUUGUGUUAGUUAAAAUUAAUUUGGUUACUGCUCCUGCUGCUGGUUUUUCUUGAUAUUUACCUUUAAAAUAAUCUUAAUCAAAGGUACUGAUUUUUUAAAUUGGAAAAUGAAUAGCAAAUGAUUUAUAUACCUGAACAAAGCUCUAGGAAAUUAAAUUAGAUUAUAAUGUGGGAUUUUCCUAAAUGAUGUGAGAAAGUCUGAUUGAUAACAAUGGUUUCCAGAUUCAGAGAUAGCACUAUUGUCCUAAAAAACAUGUAUUUUCCAUUUUAACAUUACUACUCUGUUACAUUUUAAUUUACUUUGCUUAAAGACCUGGUUUUCUAUUUUAUCACCUCAUUCUUUUGCUUCCCAUUUGACAGGAAUAUUUUGAAUUUAGAGUUUAGAGACAACCUUUUUGAGAUUUUAUACCUCUAAUUUGUAGAUUUCCUUUUAGCUUAAAUAAAGUUUAUUCUUUUCUGGGACCACAGUAGGUUUACACAUGCCCUUUCCUUUUGGCAAGUCUUGUUAUUCAACAGUGUUACAUACUGAGCAGAUAAGCAACAAGUUAGUCCAUUUUUAGUUUGGUUUAAUAAAUAAACUGGGUAUCUCAAAUUUAAAAAAUGUGUACCUUGUUUCAACUAGUACCAUUUGUUUUAUCUAAUGCAAAUUAACUUCAUAGUAAAUAGUUUCUGUGUAGUUUACCUUUUUUCCCCUGGGUUACAGAAUUCAAUUCUUGGAGAAGCUAAAGUUCUUUGCUAUUGAUGGGAAUAUUAAAGUCUUGGAUUUCAACAUGUAUUUUAAAAUAACUAAUAAUCUAAGAUACCUUUUGAUAAUAGAUAUUCUUCUGUGGUGCUAACCAUUUCCAGAAAUAUCAGUAUCUAAUGUUUUUUUCAGACUGUUACUAUCUUUUUAGAUUAGAAUAAACAACAGUCAAACAAAUCUAGGGUUUAAUCUUUAAAUGAAGGAACUUAUAAAUUAAUGAAUUAUUUCUGUGGAAAUUAAAUAGCAAGGUUUUUUGUUUUGUUUUGUUUUUAGCCUACUGAAGUAUUUGUGUGUAUGAAUUGAUUCUUGUCUUAGCAGCUGAAUUAGUAGUUGAAACAAAGCCAUUUUAUGGUGUGUUUUUAAAAACCAAAACCAUAAAUUUGAAAAAUUUUAUCUUUCAUAAUUUUAGUACCAUUAACAUGGUUCUAGUUCUGUGAGAUCUCAAAUAGGAUUGAGUUUAUCAAAAUAUUUGCUAUAUUUCCAUAGUUUUAUUUUGCACUACCCUUUCAGUAAUUGUUAUUCUUUGUGGAGCCAGCUCAAAGAGGUUUAUUUCAUGCACAUCUGCUGAAUUAACAUCUGAAAAUUUAAAAUCAAAUUGUUUUCAUGCUUCAAAAAUUAUGUAAUGUUCUUGAAAAGGUGCUCAAUUGACAGCUCUGGAGAGAGGCACCUUCAGCACAAAUAAGUAAAUGUUCCUAACAUAUUCAACAAAUGUGCCUCAACCUGCCUUACUGGUCCUUGGGGGCAGAAAUGGGUCCUCUUAAUCCUGGGCUGCUCAAUGAGUUAUCUUUUCAAAAAAUAUUUCUUUGGUGAAGUGCCCUUGCUUUAGAAUUAAAACAAUUUUUAAGGCAGAAGCCACUAAACCAACCAUACUUUUUGUUUUGUGUUCAGUUAGAUUGAAAUUGUUAACUCAUAAGAAGUUAUUCUAUUUUAAUUCAAUUCUCUGCUCUAGAAUUUUAUUUCUAUUAUCAAUUUAUAUCAGUCUUAAAUAUACUUGUAUGACUGUUUUAAAUAGAUUUUAGCUUCUGAUCUUUUAAAUGUCGCCUUACCUUGAUAAUUUUUCAAAUUAAAAACUGCCAAAUUUUGAAUGACCUUGCAUGCAUUUUUCCUCUGAGGCACUUAUAUAAGAAUGUAAGAACUUAUAUUUAUUGUUUUUAGGUCCCUCCAGUCUAGCUCUAAGGCAGCUUUAAAGCAUAAACAGUUACUUCCAGCUUUGGAUGUGUAAAUUCAAACUUUUGAAAAUCACUUGGAGAAUCUAGAACUAAUGAAGUUGGUUUGCACCAGUUUUAGGCUACCAGUGGAUAAUUAACUGCUGGGAAUAAAGCAGAGAAGGAUCUGCUCAAGAAUUCCUUAAUUUUUGUAGCAGUUUACUUUUUCGUUAGAUCUUACUAGGUAGCUUAUACAAUCAAUUCAGUUGAAUAGUUAAAUAAUAUCCCACAUUUUGAUCUCAUUUAGUUGUGUUAAAUAAUGCUUGUUACAUGAUUCUCUUGGUUAUAAAGCAGAGAGAUUAAAAUUUAAACAUCUAAAGAAAUAAUGUGCUACAUGGGUGGUAUAUAUUUGUGGGUAGAGCCAAUAUUAAAUGGUACUAGUAAAGAUAUGUCCAAUGAUGCUGCUAUUAUGUUGCUAUAUUUUUAAUAAAAUUAAAUUCCUAAAAUCUUA